GGGUCUUGCCAGGCCCUUUCCCACCCCAGAGUGGUUUGAAGGGGGCAUGACCUGCCAGGAGUGGGGGUGGGGGUGGCCUGCCUAGGAAGCCCCUGCCCCACUUUAGGACUGUGCCCCCCUUGCACUAGAGAGAAGGAGGUGGGGGGCACAGAAUGACCUCCUCGGGGGACGCCGACGGCCAGUUCCCUUUGCACAGCUUAGUCUGGAAUAAUGACUUCCAACAGCUGGAAAAAGUGCUGGAGAACAAGCAGGAUGUGGAGCAACGGGACCCCCGCGGGCGGACUUCGUUGCACCUUGCCGUUUCUUUGGGAUACAUUGAGUCUGCCAGGGUCCUCCUGCGGCACAAGGCGGACGUCACGAAAGAGAACGCGCAGGGAUGGACAGUCUUGCACGAGGCUGUCAGCACUGGGGAUCCGGAAAUGGUCCACAUGGUCCUGCAACACCGGGAUUACCAUCAGACGUCCACAACCCUUGGCGGGGUCCCAGAGUUGCUCCAGAAGAUCAAUGAGACUCCCGAUUUCUACGUGGAAAUGAAGUGGGAAUUCACCAGUUGGGUCCCGCUGGUUUCCAGGGUCUGCCCCAGCGACGUCUGCCGCAUCUGGAAGAGCGGGGCGAAGCUCCGGGUCGACAUCACCUUGCUGGGCUUUGAGAACAUGAGCUGGGAGCGAGGGAAGCGCAGCCUGAUCUUCAGGGGGGCAGACACGGGAAACUGGGCUGAGCUGAUCGAGGUGAACCACGACGAACAGGUGGUGGCCACGGAGCGCUUCGAAAUCACCCAACAAAUCCAGCGCCUGACCCUGGACUCCAUGACCCCGAAGACCAAGGAGGUGGAGCGGCGCCUCACCUCCCCCAUCAUCAGCACUUCCCUGGACACGCGGAACAUCGCCUUUGAACGAAAUACGUCCGGCUUCUGGGUCUGGAAGACGGAGAGGAGCGAAGUGGUGAGCGAUUACGAAGCCAAGGUCUACACGGCCAACAACGUGAAUGUGGUGACCAAGAUCAGAACGGAACACUUGACUGAAGAAGAGAAGAGGAGAUACAAAGCUGAGAGGAACCCCUUUGAAUCCUUUUUGGGAACCAUUGAGCACGAGUACGGUGCUCAGCAGGACCUCACUACAGAAUACGCCACGACAAAUAACCCGACUGCCAUCACGCCAGAAGAAUAUUUCAACCCCCAAUUUGACCUGAAAGACAGAGACAUUGGGAGACCCAAAGAAGUGACCAUUCGGACUCAGAAGUUCAAAGCCAACCUGUGGAUGUCCGAAGAGUUCCCCCUCUCCCUCGUGGAACAGGUCACUCCCAUUGUCGACCUGAUGGCCAGGACGAGCGCCCAUUUUGCGCGACUCAAAGACUUCAUCACCUUAGACUUCCCGCCCGGAUUUCCGGUUAAAAUCGAAAUCCCCUUGUUCCACAUCCUGAACGCUCGGAUCACCUUUGGAAACGUGAACAGCUGCAGCACCGUGGAAGAGGCGUCUCCCAAGGCUCCCGAAGGGGCCCAGCAGCCGUCGGCCUCUGCCUUCGUCGUCGACCAGUCCGUCUUCGAGAUCCCCAAAUCCUACCGCGUCCAGGAUGACGGCAGGAACGUGCGGGUGCAAGACGAAGACAACGAGAUCAUGCAGUUCGCCAUUCAGCAGAGCCUGAUGGAGUCCACCCAGAACAGAGAGGCCUUGGGGCCUGACUCGAAUGGAGCCAACUCUUACUCCCAGGACCUCAACCUUCAGUACCAAAGGGCCUUGCAGCAAAGCCUGCUGGAGAACGCCACCCCUCUGCGGGAGUCCUCCAGCUUCGACCGGGACUUGCAGUUGGCCAUGGAGCUCUCGGUCCGUGAGCAGCAGGAGCUGGAGCGGCGGCGGCAGGAAGACGAGGAGGCGGAGCUGCAGCGAGCUCUACAGCGCUCCCUGCUGGAGAAGUAGCUUGGCGGCGGCCCUUCCUCGCCAAAGGCACGGCGGCCGCCGGGCAGCCCCGAGGCCUCCGGGGCUGGCUGGAGCAGGGCUGGCCCGCUAGAACCACCCUCCGGGGCGCCGAGCCGGGGCGACUCCGAGCAUCCACAGAACUCGCCUCGCCUCUCGGAGCGUCGGCUGCCGAGGCCCGUGUCCCUCUCCUGCGCUGCAGGCAUGGGGCUAGGAAGGGACCCUCCACGAACUGCCUUCCCCAAACGCCUUCUCUGAAAGGGGCCGGGGGACUCGUUGCCCUGCGGGGCAGGGCGGUGGCCCGUCGGCGGACUUGAGCCGGGCGGAAAAUCGCCUCCUUACCUACCAAAGAUUCAGGUAGCUCUCCUGAUUCCCAUUUUAAAGCCAGUGAACGACAGCCCUUGCCUGCCGGGGAAUGGGGAGCACUGUCUGUAGAGGGAAACAACACCCCUCCCACCCCCACCCCCAUUUACCUUUCACUUUUUAACCCAAAUCUCCAUCCCAGUUGUUUGCCUCUCUGUAGCGGUUCCAAACCGGUCCCUUCUUACACUCCUACGGGCCAAUUUCCCGACCCUAACUGGUGCUUUGUAAGUGUGUGCGUGUGUGUGUGUGUGUGCGCGCGUAUGCAUGAGGAAAGAAAAUUGAGAAGUUGCUCCAUCCCUGCUGAAUUCCCCACCGAGGAACAGGACGAGGGGACUGUCGUAAGCAGUUUCUGUCAACCCAAAGGGAAAAUCCACGUUGCCUUUAAUACAAUGCAUAUGUAGAGAUAGAUAUUCUCUCUCUCUCUCUCUCUCUCUCUCUCAACAUAGCAUCGUUUGUCUUUCUCAACCGCCAUGGAGACUGGUAUCUUGAAUAGUAUAUGGGAAUCUAUGUUGCCUGCAUUUCUGCGGCCUCUAGGCUUUGCGGCCCUUGUCAGCGCAAGCCACAGGGCAGGGUUGAAAGGUGUGUCAACGCCUCGCCUCCCUUAAGAUCAAUUCGUGAAUGAUUAUCCUCUUUCUCUCCCCCCCCCAGCCCCCGACCAAAAAGAACCAAGUUAUGUUGGGGACAGGGGAGAGGAAAGGAGAGGUUCUUCCCCCCCCCCCCACACACACACACGUCAAAUCAGGAAGUGCCCUGGGGCAGGGGGACGGAGCAAAUGUGGGUUCACACGAGAAUCCUUUUGGACAGCCUUCCCCCAACCUGGUGCCCUCCAGAUGUGUGGGACAGCAACUCCCAGCAUCCCCAGUACUAGGGGCUGUAGUCCAGCUCACCCUGAGGGGCCUAGGUUAGAGGGGGAGGUGUGUGUUCUUCUUCUUCUCCAGAUACGCCUGUGGUUCUUUAAUGUCUUGUCACUCACCCACCGCCGCCUCUGUGCAGCCUUAAAUGUCAGGCCUCAAGCAGGCACUGCCAACGUUAACAGGAGCUCCUCACCGUCUCACUCCUCCGGAGCUGAUGCGCAGCUGACUUUUCGGGCAUUGAUCAGUGGGCUGGUGCAGGACUCACUUUUGCUGACCCUCGCUUCGCAGUCCGCCUCGGCGACGGCCGCCCAGCAAAGCGGAUCAACGUCCCCCCUACCCAACGUUACUUAAGCCCUGGCUCCGAACUUCCCCGCCGCAAGCCUCAGGUGUACUCAGGAGACCUCACCCUGCAGGGACAGGACCCUGUGGUGCUCCCUCGGGGAACGCGUCGUCGUCGUCCGGUUGCACUAACAGCGGGGACUGAACUCUGGAGUGAAAUCUGUAACCCGGGUGGAAACCUGCGGCCGAAAUAAAAGAGUGCCUCCCCGUUUCGAAGA